UGAUUACUCUUAGUUACUUAUUAUUAGUCUGCCAAAGCCUGCCUUGUCAUCAUCGCCAGCUCAUUCGCCAAAAGCCCAGAAAGCUCGAUUAGAGUUCGCCUGGACUAGUAUUUUCUUCUUCUUUUACUCCUACUUGCUGAUUAUUUGAUCUGUGGCCGACGUCAGUCAGUCAGUGGAAGAGCAGAUCGAAACCCAGCAGAACCAACAAAGCAUUCUCAGAUAGAUUCCUCCUCCUUUAUGUCUUAACCAGUGAUGUUGAUGUGAUUUCUUUGAGAUGCCGCUGCUCCAAAUCCCCCAUCCCAAUCCCAACCCCAACCCUAAUCUCAAUGCCGCCGGAAUGGUGAUGGACACGCUAAUAAGAAAUUAUUAGCCACCGCGCGAACAGAGCUGACGAAAAAGGAAAUUGAUGGAUGAGAAAUAAAAAUCAUAAAAUACGGAUACAAUAAUUAAUAAAAUCCAACAGGUCAAAUCCGAGCAGAAACACAGAGCGUGUUUGUGCGUGCGGUGUCUUUGCCGCCGGAGAAAAAAAAAAGUCGAUAUUGAAGAGCUAGUUAACUUAAUAACUAACUACUUACUACAGAGUAACUACAACUAUAAAAUAGUUAUAUUAAAUAACUACUACAAGUCGCCGCAGCAAGUUGAGAUAAAUACUGCCCUUUUCUACUUAAAUAUCUUAUUUAUUUAUUUAUUCACCUCGCAGGCCUUGGUUGUAAUUUUUAUUAUUUUAUUUUAUUUUCUCCAUCUCAUCUCUCUCUCCUCCCGCCGCAGUCUCGCAUUUCUUUUCUCGUCGCCGUGCAGCUGCUGGCUCCGCUCGCCGGCAACCAGAGUCAGUCCAGGCAUAUAAAUAUAAAAAUAUCGCCCGCUGCCGCCCCCCCAGAUAUUUUCUUUUUACUUAUUUACUUAUCUAUUCUACAAUAAUACAUAAUAUUAAUAGUUAGCGAAUCCCUCCUUAGGGUUAACUAAUAAAACUACUUACCGACCAUGACUGCGAGCUGAUGCCCUGCCCCUCCCUCCCUCCUCUCCUUGGACUCUCAUAUCAUAUCCAGAACGUUAUACAACCAAGCCGAAUAGUAUUUGACUAUCAAAACCUCCACCCCCCCUCUCCCCCCGGCCCGCCACCACUACCACUACCACACCAAACAAACCUGUUGCAAUGUUUCCGACGAGCCUCCUCUCGCAAAGUCUUCCCAAUGUCCCCAGCCGAAAGGCGCUGUUGAUCCUCGACCUCCAGAACGAUUUCGUCAAACCGGACGGGGCCCUAUUUGUGCGCAAUGUCCCCGAGUUCCUCGAUACCAUCGCUGGGCUGGCUCAGCGCUUCCGCGAGACUGGCGAUGUGGUCUGGGUGCAGACUCAAGUCGAGGAGCGUCGCCCUAUCUUCCGUCCUGAGAGUGGCGGAGAGGUGAUCGUCGUCGACAAACCGCUUGCCCCCGGCAGUAACAAUAGCAGUACCAAGGACAAGAACAAUAGUAGCCACCCGGGCGCAGAUAACAAUACCGGCAGGACGGGUACCAGCUCCAAUGGUGGCGCUGAGGGUGGAAGCGGGCAUGCCACCUCCGCUAAGCGACGACAGCAGAACGCCAGUGGGGAAUCGCGCCGGGAACCGCUCUCUGCCUACUCGGACGAUCCAGAGGCGUUUUUAUCCCGCCCUUUAUUACCCAAUGAAGAUGGGACUCGGCGCUGCUGCCAGCCGAAGAGCGUCGGCUGUCAAUUCCCCGCGCCGAUCCUCUCCGCCAUCGACCAUGACAGAGACACUAUCCUCGUGAAGUCUGACUACUCAGCCUUUCAGUCCGAAAGUUUGCUGCUCUCCUUCCGCACCCAGUUUGUUAGAGAGCUCUACAUCUGCGGUUCGUUGUCGAACGUUUCUGUCUACGCUACUGCAUUGGAUGCGGUUUCGCACGGCUUGGACGUUACCCUAAUAGAGGACUGUCUUGGGUUCCGCAGCUUUGCGCGCCACGAGGACGCCAUGAGACGCAUGGCGGAUAUGAUGGGCGCAAACGGCAUUACAAGUAAGGAGCUGGCCGAAGAACAGGACUGGGAGGAAGCUGCCGUGCCCACCUCGGAGUGGCCCGAGCAAUCGACUGCAUCUACUCCUGUUGGUAUCGAGGACGAUAUGGGUGUUCUCGCUGUGAAAUCCCCCCCUAAACAUCCAUCCCCGCCAAACACCACUGGCGAAGACCAGUCGCAAUCGGGUGAUGUUAGUCUUGUUCGAGGGGAGCGGGAGCCUGAGGGCGACGAUUUCGAGGAUAAUUUCCUUGGACCGGCUCUACGUACCGCUGACAUUUCCACUGCCGCUCCUACCACUCGGGACCAUAAGAGUAAAGUUAAUCGUCCGCGGAUGAGAAAACCCCGAAGGACAGCUUCGCGGGAUGACACAAAUCAACCCGACAGGCCACAGCCACAGAGACAGUCGCUCGACCUCCAGGCGUCGCAAAGUGCUGCAACCCAUGGAACCCACCGGUAUAAGAAGAACAAGCACAAUCAACCAGACCUCCGUGGCCCUGAUGAUACCAUUGGGGAGGGUGACUCCCGUAUUAUUUACGACCUAGCUAUAUCUCCCAAGUCUUUCCAGCUGCUACGCGAGGAGGUCAACUGGCAAAAGAUGUAUCAUAUGUCAGGCCAGGUCCCACGGUUAGUUGCCGUCCAGGGCGCAGUGCAGCCAGACAAUUCGAUACCUAUCUACCGCCACCCAGCAGACGAGUCCCCGCCCCUCCUGCCUUUCUCCAAAACCGUGAAUAACGUGCGCCAUGUCGUUGAGAAACACCUUGGCCAUCCCCUCAACCAUGUUCUUAUCCAACUGUACCGAGAUGGUCAGGAUAGAAUAUCCGAACAUUCUGAUAAAACCUUGGAUAUCGUCCGAGGCUCAUAUAUCUGCAACGUCAGUCUCGGUGCACAGAGAACGAUGACUUUACGAACUAAAUCAUCUGCCGCAAAAGCUGAUGCGCAAGCCGAAGAUGCGGUAGAUGCAGAUGCAGCAGAAGGCGGCAACGAAGCUCCUUCUAAAGAAGGCUCAACAACGAGACGCCAAACCCAAAAAGUCCCACUACCCCACAACUCCCUGUUCAUUCUCGGCGAGGAAACGAACAUGCGCUGGCUCCACGCCAUCCGCGCCGAUAAACGACCAGACUCGGAAAAGACGCCCGAAGAACUCGCGUAUGGCGGCGAGCGUAUCUCCCUCACAUUCCGCCAUAUCGGCACUUUCAUGAACCCAGAAGCAGACACCAUCUGGGGCCAGGGCGCCGUCUCCAAGGCCAAACAAGCAGCCGGCCAGGUCAUCCACGGCGACUCCCCUGAAACAGAACGGAUGAUCAGAGCCUUUGGCCAGGAGAACCAACAGUCCGACUUCGACUGGGAGGCGCAUUACGGCCAGGGUUUCGACGUCGUCAACUUCGUCACUACCUCUGCUGGCAAAUUACUGCUGAGCGGCGACGACGUCGCCGACCUCCGUGUCCAGAUCUGCUUUGCGGAGAAUGGCGUGCGGUAUGACCUUGCCACUAUCGAUGAGUUCCCUGCUGCGCUGCGGGGUACGCUCUCGAUCCCGCACAAGCGUGAGAACCUCGAGUCGCGCCCGGUGUUCAUGGACGUGGACGGCGCUACGUGCUACACGGGCGACGAUUGUAUACUUCUGCACGUCGCGAAGCAGAAAGGGCUCGUCGAUACUGAACGACCACUGCCUUUGAAAUCACAGUCGCAGUCGCAGCCCCAGUCACAACUGCGGUCCAAAAGCCCGAGUUCCACUCCGCAUCAACAACAGCAGCCACAACAGACACAGACACAGACACAGACACAGACACAGACACAGACACAGACACAGACACAGACACAGGAACAGACACAGACACAGACACAGACACAGCAGAACCAAUCCCUCCAUUCCAAACUCCGCGAAACAGACGAACUCCUCCGCUCCUGGCGCCGCUUCCAGAAGCUGAAAACCCCGCACGGCGUGCUGCAGCAGAUGGACGCGUUCGAAGCCAUGCUGUGCGGCAAGUCGUAUCUCGCCGGCCAGUUCUUUGACAUCGAGGACUGCGCGCUGUGGCCUGUCGUGCGCGAUAUUAUCCGCGAGGUUGGUUAUUUGGAUGAGACACGCUUCCCGUCAUUGAUGGUUUAUUAUCAUAGGGUUGGGAAGAGGGGGUGUGUGCGGGCUGCGUUGGAGGAGUUGGCGGGGGCGACGAGGGGGGGGUAGAAGCAGACGGUGGGAAUCGGGAGGGGGAGAGGCUAUUUGCAAGGUUGAAGUCGUCCUCUGUUUUAUGGAAUGCCUGGGUUUUUUCUCUUUUCUUCUUUCUUUCUUUCUUUCUUUCUUUCUUUUUUUUUUUUUCCUUACCCUUUUGCGUUAUCCUUUCAUAUCGCAUGCUCUUACUCAGUUCACCAUGUUUGGGUUUUGC